GUAUACAAACCGGUGGAACGAGAUGCUUAUCGGCAUGCAACGGGAAAGCCGUGAACGGUGAACACGAGCACUCGUAGCAGCCGGCGAUGUUUCGGGAGCGGUGAUAUGAGAAAGAUGGUGAGAGGCUCCGAUAAGUAACGACAGCUUCACUGCGGCUGUUUAGCGGUGCGUAUUUCCGGGACCCGGUGAGCGCGAUCGAUAGCUUUAUCGGGAUUGCCGCGGCCAGUCUGAGGGGUGUUGAAAGUGUCGGAGAGAAAAAAAGCAUGCAGCUACUUUCCAGCUUCAUGGGUCGGCACACGAAGCGAGGAGCCUCCUUGAAAAAAGGAAAGCGCGAAUCCAUCGGAGGUGGCAAUCUUGUUGGUAAUUGGCCGUAUUCGACGGGGGGUUCGGUCAGACCCCUUAGCAGUACCGUUGGCGGCGGCGGUGCAGCGGGGGGUACCAACAUGACACCCGACGAUCCCGCGCCUGACGAAGAAUUCGCCCUCGCCGUCGCGCAAAAAGCACAGAGAGAUGCAGAAGCAAUUCGCACCGCUCUGUAUCUCGGAGUGGCACUUGCGAUCACCUGGAUAAUAGGAGCGGCGGGUUUGUCGCUGGCGUGGCUGGUUUUGGUCCUGGCACUGGCAACAACCAUCGUUAAAGCGAGAGUCUCCCGGCUUCUUCAGACGGAAUUGCAGCACGAACUGGCCAGGUUACGUAGGAGACGGGCCCUGUACAAAGACGAGACCGCCGAGUGGCUCAGUCUGCUUCUCAACAAGUGGUGGAGAUUCAGCGCUGCCAGUAUAUUUUCUUUGGCGAAGGAACGACUGGAACCUCUUCUUAAUGAAGCCAAACCCGGUAUACUCGGCCCAUUAGAAUUACGCGAACUCACUCUCGGCGAACAAACGCCGUGUAUCACUCGCAUCAGAACACUCGAUUGCUGCAGCGAUGACGAUCUUCCCAAUGGCCUCUUCGGUCAGACUAAAUUGUCCAUCGAAGCGGACCUACGGCUGGACUGCGAGCAAUUCCGCAUGCUCAUCACCACGCGGUUGUUUGGUAAAGGUGUGGGGAUGGACAUCGACCUGGCGGUGGAGAAGCUAUCGCUGUCCGGCACAAUUAUUGUUAACAUAACACUGAACGCGUCGGCGCCGUUUCCACAUGCAACCGGGCUUAGCUUGAGUUUCCUGGAGAAGCCGGACGUCUGGUUCAGCGUAAGAAUCCUACGAGCGGUGCAGAUGAUGGAGAUGCCACUUAUCAAGACUUGGAUUCAUGCGGUGGUCACGGAUGCUCUGGCCAGCUGGCUGGUCGACCCAGGCCAUUUGGAGUUGAACCUGAGAGCGCGAGAGCGACCGGGUCCUGGAUUGGAUUCCGUGAUCAAUUUGUUGCCGCAAGGAGUGCUCACCGUUGUUCUAUGUCAAAAUGGUUGUUCUGACUAUUAUGGACUCGUUAGAAAGUCCCUAACUGGCCUUUCCCCAUUGCUAGCGAACGUCGCUGAUGAAGUGAGAUGGCUCGCGGUAACGGUGGGCGAUCAAAGACGAAUUACUUCGAACUUGAGUUCCACGUGGACCGAGGAUGUAUCUUUCUUGGUCGGGCCGUUAGACAAUGAGAGGAUCACCAUCAAGCUGAAAGCGAAACGUCUUGUUAGUACAAUCACUCUAGCGCAGUUCGAGUUAGCGUUAGGAGUUUAUGACUGGGAGAAUUCACAAAUCGUUGAAACAGUGUUGCAACAAAAGAAACCGUCUCGCAAUAGUGCUAAUAUUCCAAAUAUCAAUGCGCGAUUAGAGUACACCACUCUGCCGCAUUUGGAUCCUGAUUUACCACAACCAGAACUAACGGCCGAUAAUAUGCAUCUUGCAGUGUCGCGAGACUCUUACCACAAAGCGCACAAAGCAGGGGUAUUGGUGGUUUAUAUUCAUUCAGCUGACAAUCUUCACGGCGAUAUGGCUCAGUGUAAUCCUUAUUGCAUGUUAUUUAAUAAUCGAAAGAAGGUAAAAACGACACAUUAUGUUCGCUCAACUACAUCCCCGGUUUGGGACUGCAGAGCGCAAUUUUUGGUACAGGAUUACACGCAAGUGUCGCUAAGUUUCGUCAUUUAUUCAUGGAAUAUAGUAAAAUCAAUGGAUACGGACAUGCUUGGAUUGGCUAUGCUAUCUCUGUCUCAGGACACAACGUGGAUCGUUAGGAAGGAACUCACGCUCAGCGGUUCCAACAUCGCCUCCACCAUGACGAUCUCCGUCCUGUUUUAUCCUAUCAAAAGUGUACAGCAAGUAGUUAACAGUCGCAGAAGCAGCUUGAUUCCAACUACGCUAGACGACGAACCGAAAAUCAAACGAAACAGUUUGCCAUGGAUGCAACAGGCAAAGCUGUUAUUAACGCACAAGGACACCGAUCCCGCUUCCUCCGAUAUAUCCAGUCUCCUGUCCACUGGAAGCGGUUUGAUGGAGGUGACGUUGUUGCGCGCGAAAGAUCUCGUCGCGAAAGAUUUGAAUGGGUUCAGCGAUCCCUUCUGCGAAUUGAAACUGAACAACGAAACAAAAUAUAAAAGCAGCAUAAAGAAGAAGACGCUGAAUCCUUGCUGGGAUGAGAGUUCCAUAAUGGGCUUGCCGAAGACUGGAGAAGCUUUAGAUAUCGUAUUAUGGGAUCAUGAUACUUUCGGUAUGAAGGAUUACCUUGGGAAAGUAUCACUGACUCUUGAUGAUAUCAGAAAGCUAUCAAACAGCGAUCAGUCCCAUUGGUUUCCGCUCAAAGAAACCAAAACGGGAUCUAUAGAGCUGAAAAUUAAGAUCUUAUCGGAAGAGUGCGAGACACAAAGCACGUAUGCAACCAGCAAUGUCAGCGACAAUUCUUCUCGUUUGAACACCGAACCUGACUCCUUGUCGAGUAUUGUGCGAAGGCCUUCUAUGGAAAGAUCUAAAAUACGUCUACAUUUGGAUCCAGUUGUACCUCCUCCGCCUCCACCACGCACCGUCACUCUCCUGAAGCCAACCACAUCCAACCAGUCCGAUAAAGUUAGCAUCACCAGCAAAGAGUCGAAUGAAAUAAACGGGACGUCGAGCUUUUGGAUUCCGAAAGUCAUUACAGAAUCAGUCGCGGGUAAUUCCGUCGAUGAGGCCGACACCACCAAAGUGAUCGCAGAAAGGCGAUCUUCCCAUCAUAGCUUGACACCCAGCCCUGAACAAAAUUUCGGCAAGAAGUUACCACAGUACAACAGUUUUCGCAUGAUGAAGCAGAAGGUGAAGAGGGGUUUAAAACUUCGUAGAUUUCGUUCGGAAGUAACUAUAGAGGAUAAAAAUGAUAAUAAGGGCAUCACGCUAAGUCUGGAACCCAGAGGCGGCGGAGAGGCUGACGCCACGGAGCUCUUGUCGGAAUCCGGUCUUGCUCAUGCGGUGUCGCAACCUGACAUGUUAGGCAGGAUAAGGCAACCCAGUCCACGGUUAAGAUUGAGGCCGAAUGAUUUAAAAAUUGUCAACGGCACUAGAGAGAAGUAUUCCGGAGUGGAAGGGAAGGUUCUUCAGGCGCAGGGUCUCCAUGUAGCGCACAUUGCCCAAUUGUACUGCCGAGUAAAACUUCAAACAUGCACCAGUCCAGAUAAGAUUGUCUCGCCUAACGGCGGUAAGACUAUCGCGAAAUCACGACUCCUGCCAGCUAUGCCUAAUCCUCAAUUUAGCAUAGAUUUCCAUAUAGACGGCGACGGUGUACCGAGGCAGUCGGUACUAAUAUUCGAGAUCAGGAGCGCCAGUAAGGAGUUGCUGGCCAGUCGACGUAUAACUCUACAUGAAUUACUAGGUGUAUCUGCAGCUACUGAUGAGAUUCACACGUGGCUGGCAUUGAAUAACGGUGCCUCGCUGGAAGUACAAAUCGCUCACGGCAGAGAGCUUAAGAAUAAAUCGGCAAAAAAAUUGUUUCGCUCUUGGUCGGUUCAUCGGAUAGGAAAAAUAUGAGAUCUAAGGAAAACUAGAUGCAAUUGUACAUCUGUUUAACACGCAUGAAACUAUAAGAUUUUUUACUCGUUUCUCGAAAAGAAGUCGCUAGUUCGAAAACGUGAAAUCCGUCAGUAUUCAUUGUAUUAAUAAAAAAUGGAUAUAAAAAAAUUUUAAUAAAUUUUUAUCCAUUUUUUAUUAAGG